CACAUUUCAUGUGCAUUUACACCGAGUCCACAUGACUCACAAGUCAUACACACUCUCUAUAUAUACCUUACUCCCCCUUCACACUCUCCUCGCCAUUUUCUUAGGUCAAUCAAUAUUUUGGAGAGAGAAAUCCCCUUUUUUCGAAACCGGUUAGGAGUGGUGUGGAGCCCAUAACAAUUUGCAAGGUCGAGAUGGACGCGAUGGAGGUAUAUGGAAAAUCUAUGGUAGCUGUGCCUACAAAUGUUAUUUAUCUGUCGAGUAUACUAGGCCAAGACGGGUCAAACAACCCGAACCCAAACCAUGUUCACAAGUGUGAUUGGAAAUGUGAGAAUGAGCAUGUGUGUGGGAACAUGUUUCGGUGCAAACUAACCGGGCUCACACACAUUUGUGACAAAAACUGCAACCAGAGAAUUGUUUAUGAUAACAAUAACUCGCUUUGCAGAGUGAGCCGUCAAAUCUUUCCGUUAACCGCAGCGGAAGUACAGGCGGUCAAAGGCGUUCGAAGGAAGCUUGAAGAGGAGAGUUCCGAGAGCUGUGCUUUUAAGCGCAGAAGAAGCGGACAGUUUUGCCCCUCUCCUUUUGAGAGAUCGUUUUCCGCGGUUGCUCCGAUUUGCAGUCAAGUUGGUGAUGGCAUGGAUAUUAACUAACUUCAUUCAAGUCUUUGCUUUGCUGUUGUCGUUCUAGAUUAUCCGUACUUACUUCGCAAACUUUAUGCAUUUACCUAAAUGGCCAACUGUGAUGUCGAGCUUAUUUGUAGGAACAACUUAUAUUUGGAACUUAUGUAUGUAGUGCUUCGUUAUAACUCGGCUUCAAGCAAGGAGUUUUGACUUUAUGUUGCUUUUUGGGGCUUUAAAUUAGGUUUAAUUGAGCAUUAGUCAUAAUUUUUGUGGCCUCUAAUACUCUAGUUACAUCUUAACAUGCUAACAACAGUCUCCUCUCUUUGGGAUUUUCAAUUCACAGGAAUAGAUCACCUCAGGCCAGAAGAAAAUUCGUCGGCUCUUGAGUUUCAUCUUUUAUAGUCUAAAUCUUUGUUUUGUUUUGUUUUGUUUUGUUUUGUUUUUUGCAGGAUAAUACAGUAUUUUGUAUAUCUUGUUUACUAAUUCUAAUUUUUGUGUGUAAUAAGAUGUUAUCUUUUGCAGGAUCUGAAGCUUCAAGUGAAUUGGAAAUAAUAAUUUGUUCAUUUUUAAGAUAUUUUAGAGACGAUUACUCGACUUCUUACUAAUACCGUUUGUUUUUAAUCUGUUGCAGAAGCUUAGGAUCUAUAAUCUGACCAGAGUACCGGUCUUUCAACAUCAAGGGAUCAUUGAACACAGAUUUAGAGGCUCGUUUGACUUAGAAAGCCGGAUCAAACAUCCUCUGUGGAGUACCUUCCUGUGGCAAGAGCUGGAUCUAACUGUAACUACUUGAAAAUUUGUCAAAUCAAUGGAAGGGGAUCAUCAUCUCAUAAAUCGGGCUCAAGAUGAUCAGAAACGAGCUGAAUCAUGUUGAUUCGCGUACAGCUCGAUGGUGGAAAUUAUUCAAGAUGAGCAGAAAGAAGCCGAACCAUGUGCCUUAAACAGUAUUUGAUAUGCCACAACCCGCAAGUAUGCAUCUUUCUUUCCUCACAAGGUGAUUUGUGUACGAUUUGAUGGUAAAAAUUAUUCAAGACGAUAAAAAUGGGCCGAACCAUGUGCUUUUAAAGGGGUCUCAUGAUUUGCCACAACCUACAUCUUUCCUUCCUCAGAAGUUGAUUCGCGUACGAUUCGAUGUUUUUAAGGUUUCCCAAUUUACGCCGUCGUAAGAGAGGAAGAUGUGAUUUGGAGGUUUUAUAUUUUUUUGGGCAUUUACAGUGUCGUUAAGGUCGGUUUGUUCGUUCCAUAAUGCCUGUUCUUGUAGGCAGUUUGCAUACAGUUCUAUGUUAAUUGUAUCCUUGUAAUUACAUUUUUGGUGUCGUAGUCUGUAUCAGAUUAUAUUCUGGGCAUAAAUCUUGAAGUAAAUGUAUUUGUUUAAUAA